GUCCUAUCAUCAUAUUCUUCAUUACAUUAUCCAUGCAAAUACAACAAGAAAAUUAUGACAACAACGCCUUCGUACUCUAUUUAAUUUUAACCAAAUUCUUCAGUGCCAUUACAGCAUGCAUCAACAUCUGCUUAACUUCCAUAAAACAUUACGACCUUGCUUAUAUAGAUUCUCAAUACCUACUUAUUACAACCUACUUGUCCUGAUGUCCCUCAAACAAAAAUUUACUCACCAUAAGAAAAUUAGAAACCAGCUGCUAUUUUACAUGCGGUUUUCCUGAGAUGAUAUAGUUAAGAUUAAUCAUCUUAAGGCUGAGACACAUUCACAGAUGUUAAAACAAAUAUAAAAAAGAAUAGAAAAUAGUGGGGGUCAAAAGAAAUUUCAAUCUUCUGUUUGAUAACGUAAAUAUGAACAUACUGUAGUUAUAUUGGUCAACUCAACUUCAUGAAAGAAAGUGUAACUCUAAAUACAUUAACCUAAAAUGAGUUUCAUUUUGAAAGAAAUUCUAAAACUGAUACCGUACAUUCUCUUUAAUUUAUAUGAUAAAAUCUUGUAUCCAACCCCUAUAUAUUCUUAGUAUCUGUUCAUAUCAAAAUCCAUCCCAGCUUUUAAGCAUAAACAAAAUAAAAAGGACAAGGAAAAAAAAAGAUUAACCAAUAAGAUGGGAAGCAAAGCUGUUGUCUCAGUCUACUUAAUUAUUUCACUGUGUGCUGCCAUCUUUGUCACUCGUGGAGUAGCUCAAAUGCAAAAUCCGCAGGCGAUUCUAGGACUUUUUCCACCUGGCUUAGUACCUAUUGAUCUCGUCAAAUGUUGGUCGUCUCUCUUUACCGUCCAAGGAUGUGUCCUGGCAAUCUCCAACUCAUUUUUUUCUGGAAAUUUUGAAAACGUUGAAGCGGCAUGCUGCAAGGUGUUUUCAACUUUAGAUGCAAACUGUUGGCCUCAUAUGUUUCCUUUGAAUCCUUUCUUCCCUCCUCUCCUCAAGGACAAUUGUGCGCGUAUCAUCCCUAACUCCCCUGCACACAACUGAAAGGAACAAUGAUUGUUCGUCUACAGUUUUAGACUAGUAUAUUAGCUUCAAUGUCUAAGUUUUUCAUGUGUGAACUCAAUUAUUAGGAGAGCCCUAUAUUUACCUUUUCCUCAAUAAAGUGAAAUUUUAGCAAUA